GAUUAUGGAUACUUUAUAAAUAUUAAACAAUAAUACUAAGUACUCACUUACUAGUAUUAGUAUAGUAUAAUAAUACUUGUCUACUCAUACUAAACAUAACAUAAUGGUAUCUAAUUUUAUUUUCUAGUCUUAUUGAGUUUUCAGCGAUUUCGGUGAAACGUACAUUAACAUCGCAUUGUCGUGUCUGAUUCGUGAGGUCAUUGUGUGAUGUAUACAAAUAAUACUUUACUGAUACAUAGGUAUGAAUAUUAUAUCAAAAAUUGGUAUGUAUAUAUAAAGAAGAAAAUAAUAUGUGAAAUGUGAAAACGAUUACAGUAAUAUCAUCACACUGACACUGUGGUGUGUGACUAUACUGCACUUCAGAAAAUUCAAAAUAGUGGGUGAGGGCCGAAGGGGUUAGGUUGUCGGUAGGGAUUUGUGAUUCCGAUAGAAUGAAAUAUAGGUAGGUACGGUUGGCCAAUUUUGUACACGAUGGUCACUGGUGAGUAACCGUCUCGAAAACCCGGGAGAGCUUCAAGGCUCCCAUAAUGCUGUAUACUUUGUAUGUAACCUAAACAACUAUAAUAUGAGAAUUCUGGAAGGGAGAUUUGUACAUAAAAGCAUGAUAUAGUAUCAACAUAAAAUAAUUCACGUAUAUAUUAUAACGUGAUAUUUCGCUGUUUGUCUGAUCAUUUCGAGUCAGCACGCUGUCGGUGCGAUACUGCGAUUCGUGCAGUUUUUUUUUCAUAACUGUAUUUAUGAGUUGGAAUAUUGUAUUUUAUUUAAUGCGUUUAUUCUAUACUGCUAAACUUAACUAGUAGUUCAGUUAAUGUAACAAGUGAUCAUCACAGUUAACAAUCGAAUAUAUUAAGGAUAUAUAACUAACACUAUCAUGUUCGUUCCUUUACUUUUAUUCGUGUCGUUGACGGAUGUUUUCGGUUAUUAUUUAGCUGAUUUGACUAUACCUCGAAACCCGCACGAACAGUCGGAACACAUUUACGAAAAAUGUUUGUCAAUGAACAAAAUUGUCUAUGAAGACCGUUGUUGGGACUUGUUGACUAAAGGACCGUGCGAUGAGGGACAGUGGUUGGUAUUGGACAAAGUGUCAGACGAAGACCAACUGCAAGGGUCACUCCCGUUGAGGGCCAAGUGCAAGAGACGCCGAUGCAGCGAGUCGGAUGUGUACUGGCCACGCGACGGGUUUUGCCACGACGAGGAAACGGCUAGGCGUGACCGACUGUGCGCCAGCUCGGACACCGUGUUGGCCACCGAUGAGUACGGUGACGGAUACUGCAAGUGUCAAGACCGUGGCAAAGUCCCUUACGUGCAGGUUGUUUCCGCUGACGACGACAGUGACCAAGACUCGCAGCCAUGUUAUCCGGUGUACUCUAAGGGUGCGUGUCCCAGGAAUCACGUGAUAACGCCCCACAGGACCAGAUACGGAAUCUGCACGGUGGACGAGUGCGCCGAGGAACGGCGCCUGACCGAUUCGUCGUCACCGUUGCCGCAGUGGUCUCGUUCGCAACAACAGCGACAGCAGCCAUUGUCACUCGCCCGGUGGACCGACGGACAGUGUUACGAGCUGGGCACGCGGGGCCCAUGCACCGGACACGAGCAGUUCGUAGUACUCCGUGCCACGAUGCGACCGGAUUGUGUCAAGCUGUCUAUCGAGCUAACAGUAUUACCCAAGACCACAGACCGUCCGGGGUGCAAGACCGACCACUGGGGAAAUUGCGAAGCAGGGGUAGAAGUGUCGACAACGCCUAACGAAUUAAAAGACGCAUUGCUCAAGAAUGCCAAAAAGUACAGUCAAAGGGCCCAAAUAAGGCGAGCUAGCCUGCUCGAGGGUCGUCGUCAUCUGUUGCAGUGGUAGCCAUUGAGUAGGUACCUAUCUAGUAUCUAUAUAUACUGUUUAACCAAGCAUGGCGUGAGUAUUUAAGAUAUUCAGAAGUGGUAGGAGGGAGUUGGAAAUUAAGCGUGUAUAAAUGGUCGUUGGACAAAAAAGUGUUUCUACUAGUUAUAUUACACGCAAAAAAAAGAAUUUUAAAUGUA